UCUCUCUCUCUCUCUCUCUCUCUCUCUCUCUCUCUCUCUCUCUCUCUCUCUCUCUCUCUCUCUCUCUCUCUCUCUCUCUCUUGAAGCGCCCUUUGUAGCUCCCUUGAUACUGUUACAGAACAUCCCUUUUUGGAAAUCACUCCCUUUGUUGUAUUUUGUCAUUACCCAUUGCAGUGUCUCUUUUCAUUCUUUCCUUCUUUCUUUCUUUCUUUCUUUCUUUCUUUCUUUCUUUCUUUUUUUGCUAUAUGUUCCUUUGUAUUAUGCAUUUUUUUCUACUUUCUAUUCGCUUUGCUUUUUCGUCGGGUUUAAAUUUCUUCUAUUUUUCUCCUUUUUUAUUUUCAUUUCUUUUUAUUUUAUUUUAUUUUAUUUUAUUUUUUUUAGCUGCUGUCCGUUUAUUUUUCCUCAUUCAAACGGAAAAGGUGAGCCAAGAGUGAAAGAAAUUAAAUCCCAAAUACAUUCCUUUUCAUGGACUCAAAAGUAUAUUCUUCUAACAUCCCUGUCUCACCCUUCGCCUGACUCACGAUCUCCUUGUAAUUAACAUCCUGAACUCUUAACUCUUAACUCUUGCUUAUUAGUUUUCUUCAACACCUUUACAUAACCCUUUGCACUAUUAUAUCACCCUUUUAACAUCCUUAUCUUAUCCUGCUCAAUAUUCUGUUUUCGUUAACUUAACACCCUAAUAUCAUCCAUUUCACGGCUCAUUAUCUUUCACCAGUACUCUUAUAACACCCUUUCUACGAUUCAGUAUCUUUCUAACACCCUUUUAUCACCCUUUGCAUGUCACAGUAUCUUUCUUCAACACUUAUAAGAACCUAAGAGCAUGAGAAAAUGAGGGACGCUGCAAGAACCCGUCAAUUCUACACGUGGUGGUCUCCGUAUGACACAAACCUAUAUAAAGGUACUAGGCCUUGCUGCGCCCGAGAGUGUAAGAAAAGCAGGAAAAGUGAGUGGCGAGUGAGUGGGGCGACACUGUACCCUCCCCACGGUUUUGGAGGACAAAGAGAAAGAUGGAGGCGGAAGGAAGGGCCAGUGAGCUGCGUAUGCUUGACCUCUGAGUGGACGUAGGGAAAAAAAAAAAAAAUGACACGUUUCGGAAAUAACUUGUAUCAUAAGUAGAGAACGUGCAUCCCGUUAAGCAGCCGCGCAUUGCAAGGCCACGAGAGUACGUGGUAUGAUCGCAAGUGACAUGUCCGGAAAUCAGCGUUUAAUUGCGUGUCUUAAUAGAAAAAAAUAGCUGAUUUCCAAAUUAUACAUCAAAGUAUGACCUCGUCUAGUUCAGGAGAGUCCUUCGUAUAAAUGCACUGGUGUGUGUAUGUGUGUGUGAGUGUUAUUGCUAGUUAUCUCUCUCUCUCUCUCUCUCUCUCUCUCUCUCUCUCUCUCUCUCUCUCUCUCUCUCUCUCUCUCUCUCUCUCUCUCUCUCAAUAGUUACACAGGUCUUCAAGGGUAUUUUUACGGUUUUAGUGACAGAUUAACAACAUUUCUACAUUAAUAACAGGAGAAACACCAUUGAAAACCCUGAUAAUCAUCUUUAUAGCUUUGAAAAACAGUCGUGAGGAGAGAGAGAGAGAGAGAGAGAGAGAGAGAGAGAGAGAGUAGGAGCAUUUCAGUUGAGCCUAUUCUGCCCUGGUUCGUGUUUGCUGCGGUGACACGGUGCCGCACUGAGUGAAGAUUGCGUUCAUAAUCACUUAUCGGGGUGGAGUGGGGAAAGGAGAGUCAGGAAGUGAGGAUAUUUAUAUUAUUUGACAUAUUAUUUGAUAGCAUGUCAACUUUUGUGUGUGUGUGUGUGUGUGUGUGUGUGUGUGUGGGUGGGUGGGUGUUGGAUCAGUGACAGGUGGCGCUGGGGAGUUACCACGGCGAGCGGCUGGCUGGCUGCAGUGUUUUGGUCAGCACUGGUCAGUCUUGCCCUACACGCUCUAUUAACCAGUGUUUCCGUCUUCCCGAUACCUUCUUCCUGCACCAAGCACCGUCAAGCAUCACCAGAGAGGCACAAGUACGUAAGCUAUCCAACAUCAGAACAGUUUAUGAAUAUGGCAAAUGCUGUUUUGACAUCAUUUCCUGCCAUCCUGAGAAACAGUGAUCUCGAGGAGCAUGAAUUGCAGCUGCAAUGGAAAUUGCGCAUCCAGUGCAAGUUUCAGAAUUCAAGAAAGAGGCAGGAUUCCUCAGUGACUGAGGUGACGUCAAGGAAAAAGAAGAUCCCUUGCAUAGCGCCAAAAGAGACUACGUGUCCACUGAUGUAUGGAGUAAAGGCUUACCUUCCACCAAGGCCCCAUUCAGAAGAUGAUGAGUCAUUAGAGAGACAUAGACAGUGGCUUGCUCUACAUUGGAUGAAGAAAAAUCCCGAGCUAGAUAAGAUAAUCAAGGAGUUCCUGAGAUUAGAACCACAAGCGGAUGAACCAGACCCAAGAGUAGCAGUUUUGAAAGGGCUGGAGAAAUAUAGGCUCCCAAUAAUUGCCAUUCUCAAAAAAAGAAAAGCAGUUCCUCUGUAUAUGGAAACCUUACUUGAACUCUAUGACCACGAUGAAAGUCAAUGCGAGUAAUGUCUAGUUCAAUUUGUUCAUUUCAGUAGCUGGUAGCAAUUUAAUAUAUGUAUCUUUUCAUCAUUAGCAAUGCAUCUUUCACUUUUAUAAGCCCAGUAUUCAUGAAACUAUGCUGCAUGCAAAAACCAAACAUUGUAUUAAGCAUGACCUAUCUAACUGUAAUGCUUGCACCAAUUUCUAUAAAAGUACUAAUUUAAUUGUUCAAUUCCUGCUCUUCUAUCAAAUUUUUGGCUGAGUGCUAUGGCUAAAUAAUUGCAGCAUAAGUGAUGUUAAAGAUUUUAAUAGGUGUAAAGCAUCUCUCUCUCUCUCUCUCUCUCUCUCUCUCUCUCUCUCUCUCUCUCUCUCUCUCUCUCUCUCUCUCUCUCUCUCUCUCUCUCUCUCUCUCUCUCUCUCUCUCUCUCU